UUCCCCUACGCUGGGCCUCAGGUGGAGUGUGACAGGUAAUGCUUGAUUAAGCUGACUGCUUACCAACACGAAUUGUUUGACAAUGGAGGACGGGCUGAGCUAUAACAGGGCGAAACGUGAAUGUUCGAAGAGUUUUGUAGAGACAUCGUAAGCAAGCACAUGCAAGUUGUCAAUAAUUCUAAAUGACCAUUUCUUUGCACGCUGAUGUCAUGACAGCAGAUGAAAAGCCAGAAUCCAGCCAUGAAUAUAAUUUUUUUCUCGAUAGACAACUUCAGAACAAACUUUUGGAUUUCGACGAACAGGAUAUAGACUCUAGAUAUUUUCAAAAUGUCAAACUUGACGGGAAGUCUUAUAAAGCUCAGGUUCGAAACGAGGAGGUUACGGGAUGGAUUUAUGAUCCAAAAAAUAAUUUCAGAAAACCUGAAAAAGAAAAUAGUAAACAACAAAAAGAAUUUAUUCAACCCUGGAAAGACUACAAGGCAAGACAACAAAAAGAUGAUUCGUUCAUGUUUAGACAUUAUGGGGAUCUGAAGAAAUAUAUUCAACAAUAUCGUCAAGAGCAUUCAUAUGCAAAUGGAUUUCGCCCUCCCGGGAUGACAAAGUCGGAUGUUCCCAUUGGGGAGCUCCGGAAAUAUCUUCAUCACCAUUCUGCUCCAACCCCAAGUGCUGGUGUUAUACAAAAUCAAAUCUCAACACAAAGUCAGUCUUCAACACAGACUCAGGUUUCAACGGUUUGUACGCAAUGUACAAAUACUAAUGGCAGUAAUCAACAGUUAAUAACUGCCUCCAUGUACUAUACAAAUCGGAAGGAUAGUUUAGUUUCUCUACCUAACGGUGCUUCUGUUGGUAACCCUCGUACAUCUAGCAAUCACAGUCACGGACAUCAGUGUAGCAAACACAAUCAUGUUCAUAUUAAUCCGGAUCAUGCUUACAAGUAUAAACUAGCCCCUGAUGCUGCAUGGCGUUCAGAUUCUGUUCAAUCUUCAUGUGUAGAAUCAGAUCGUAAUGAGGGUGUGAGAACUCCAAGAAUAAACUCAGCAAAAGGGGAUAGAGGGAAAUCUCCUACAAAAGUCAUGGUUCCUGCUGGUGCUUCAAAUGGACCCCAAAAAGGCCAUCCUUUACAAACUGUCACAGUGUAAGUAUCAUGAUCAAUAAAGG